AUGCUCAUUAGUCGUGAGGUGACCGUCAAGAUGAAAGCAGUGGCCAAGUUGAGUUUCAGUUUCCUAGUGCUCGUCGGUGUGAUCUUCGGGCUCGCCACUGCACAAUCACAGCUCCGUAGGCAGUAUGAGACCAACCGGCGGCCGCCACUACGCAACCGGGAACCGGCCGUAGAUUCGAACGCCCCGGAGCGGAACCCCGUUCGACAGAAGGGACCGGUUCAGGCGGCGGCGUCCGACGAAACGGACCCGGAACUGUCGGAGAACUGUCCCGAGCCGAACGGGUACUUUGCCGAUGCCGAGCAGUGCGACAAGUACUACCAGUGCCGCGAUGGUCAGAUCACCGAAAAGCUCUGCCCGGACGGGAUGGUGUUCAACGAUUACGACUUGGACCAGGAAAAGUGUGACCUCCCGUUCAACAUCGACUGCAGCAAGCGGCCAAAGUACCAAACACCGAAACCAACGCAGCAUUGUCCGCGCCUGAACGGGUACUUUGCCAGCGAGACCGGUGCCUGCGAUAAGUUCUACUACUGCGUGGACGGUAUGUUCAACAUGAUCACGUGCCCGGAGGGCUUGGUGUUCAAUCAGCGGACCGGCAUCUGCACCUGGCCCGAUGAGGCCCACAAGAAGGGCUGCACGUCGCAGGACGUGUUCAAGUUUAGCUGCCCGAAGGUGAACGAGACACACGCGGCUACCCAUCCGCGGUACGCCGAUCCGGACGACUGUCAGUUCUUCUACGUCUGCAUAAACGGUGAAACGCCCCGCCGGAACGGCUGCAAGCUCGGCCAAGCCUUUGACGAUCAGAGCAAGCACUGCGAGUGGGCCCGGAAGGUUCCGGACUGCGCCGACUGGUACAAGGACCGCCUGACUGAUGAGCAACUGGAAGCGCUCGAGAACCCACCGACGCCGAAACCGAAGCCGCAGUCGAACGCCUCGAAGCCAUCGAGGCGACGUCCAUCCAAGCGACCGAAGCAGCCAGUCGCGGAGGAUGCCGAGUAGGGCCCAGCAAGCGGACGC